GUCCUUGCGCACAUACAACCUUACCCUACGUCAGAGGCCAGUCGCUCUGUUGCAGGACGAGACGCAGCCGACUAAACCAUAUACCGUAUCCAAUCUACUGGGAUUGCGACGGCACUCGAGAACCACAUAGAUCGAAUCGCAUACGAGAAGAAUAUCAAAUCACGCAUCCCAUUCUGCAUGCGCCAAGUACACAGACAUCCUACAGUCAUCGAUUGGAGGUGUUGAGCUGAGCUGCUCAUCAUGGAGUCGACGGAACUCGACAACGACACCAGGGGGUGGAUCAUGUGCAUCGUGAGCGGAAUAGCUUGUGUCGUGGGCGCAUCUAUCAUCUGUGUCGACCUCGUUAUACGAUACAUCCCCGGGAAACGUAACUUUAGGAUACAAGACAGCAAUGCCUUCCUGGCAUGCUCUUUAAGUCUGAGUUUCGGUGUCAUGCUUUACUCGGCGUUAAACAACAUGCUCCCAUCCGCAAAACAAUACCUUAAGGAGGAUGGCUUCCAAGACCAGAUCGCUGGAUUCCUUAUUAUGGCCUGCUUUAUUGGAGGCUUUGUUGGCAUUCAGGUCAUUUCACGCCUGCUGCAUCAGUACAUGCCAUCUCACGUUGUCGAUUGCGACCACACGCAUGACCAUAACGAGACCGAUACCCGAUCGCGCAGCCAGAGCAGAAAGACUUCUUUGUAUACCUCUAGUCGCCGCUCUUCUCGACGCCCGCUUGUUGAAAGAAUUGCAAAAAAUGGCCACGCCACCGAGUCGACACCCCUUCUAAAUGGAGAGGUUGCACACGAGAACGGCGCACCACCCAUGGCAAAGCGCCAUGCCUCGAGUAGGGGCAACCUGAGCCUCAGCACCAACCACGCUACUCCGACGACCCGAACCUCGCGAAGCCGUGGCCCAACCGUGGAUAGACGACCGUCCAUGGCCCAAGUCCAACAGCGGGUCAUGUCCUUCGUCAAGGACACGAAGACGAAUUGCGACGAAGAGGGACCAUGCUUUGGAUACACAGAUCCUUGCGGUCAGGAAUGCUUCAAGCACAUGAGCAGCCGCUCGACAUCCACAUCAAAACCUCCGGCUAUCCUUCGCACCAAUACAGGACACUUUUACGCUCAUAGCCAUACGGAUUUGGAAGACUUGGAAGAGCGUGGUUCCUCGUGUAACUCUCCAAUCAGUGGGACAAUGCGAACCAGCCGCGCAGCUUCGAGGGAACCUCUGCCGGAGCACGAUGAGACGCAUCACCACCACAAUCACAGCAACGGCCAUGACCACGAUCACUCGCAUCACGACCAUGACGCUCACGGUGACGGCGAACACGCGGACGAAGAUGUCGAGGCGCAACAUCAUCAUCACGUCCCUACCAAUGCAUUUCUCUCCCUCGGCUUGCAGACUUCAAUCGCCAUUGCGCUCCACAAGUUCCCGGAAGGAUUCAUUACCUACGCAACGAACCACGCGAAUCCGGCGCUGGGCUUCAAUGUCUUUAUGGCCCUGUUCGUUCACAACAUCACUGAAGGAUUUGCCAUGGCACUGCCGUUGUACAUGGCGCUUGGGAGCCGCAUGAGGGCUAUGUUCUGGGCCGCGAUCCUUGGUGGCCUUAGCCAGCCUUUGGGAGCGGGCAUUGCUGUGCUGUGGUUCAAACUCGCGAAGCACACCCACCUCACGCCGAAUGCUGUCUCUUACGCUUGCAUGUUUGCCAUUACGGCUGGAAUCAUGGUGAGCGUCGGCCUUCAGCUCUUUGUUGAGGCGCUGAGUUUGAACCAUAACCGGAAUCUCUGCAUCUUUUUCGGAUUCAUGGGAAUGGCCUUGCUGGGCAUCACGGGUGCCAUCGCUUCUACGCAUUGAAAUAGCAGCAAUGCAUUGGUGGGAUA